AUGAACGCUCGCAAGAGACAAGCCACGGACACUCUUCUUCCACUACGCUCCGCUAAACAACCUAGACUCACCAGAUUCCACCCUCUGGGUGAGGUCAGCACCCCUACACACAACGAAGGCCUCUCUGCGCGGUGGAUGAGGCUAGGAGUGGAGAUGUACAACCUCGCGCGCGACACGCUGUUCCACUGGGUGGAUGGUGCAUCCAACAGUAAAACAUUACCUACUACUGUUGCAGGACCCUCUCAAUCGCACUCCCCAUCUCCAUCCAUACCACCUCGCCCGUCGGCACCGCUCCCUCCUCGUCGCACUACCCGUCAACCCAUUCCCCCACAAUUUCAACAAUUCGCUUGUCCUUCAAAUGCCUCUCAACAUCCGUCACAACGCAAGGUAUCACUUCGUGAUCCUCCACGGUCCGGGCCCUCGGACGCCGCGCAUCCUGCAGCCUCGUCAUCGGCCACUCAAAGGCUACCGCCGGCGUCGCGAGCGCGACGGAAGUCUGAACCAAGUAACGUCAAGUCAAACCUAGACCCACACCCCCAACCAAAUGGUGUCAUUGCACAUGCCUUACCGCCACAUACAACGCCUCCGCGUCAACAGCCACAGAUCAAUCCUGAUUUAUUGGAAUUCCAGGAUAUGCUGCUGAGGAAGACGUAUGUUGUUCGGGACCAUAUUCUAAAGGAUCGCCAUAAGGCGCGGGUGAAGGAAAUCCGAAAAAAGGACCAGGAGGAAAUGGAGAAUGAGUUAUUUGAGAUCAGGCGUUCAAAAGGAUUCACUUCUGAUAGGGAGUCCUUCCGAACUCUAUUAAACUAUCAAGCUCAUCUGGAGAAUGUGUCACAACGGCCGCUUCUGCCCUCAUCGCCGUCGCUUGUUGAUCUGCACUCCAAACCGCCUUCACCACCUUCUCACUGGAGACACUCAUACCCCGAACAUGGCUUCCUGCAACGAGCACUGGAAAAGGCUAGAGCCAGUCUUGCAGAGCCCAAGCCUCCCAAACCGUAUGUACCAGCGCUUGAACAGCUAGAAGCCGACAAGCGUAGAUGGGACGAGCGGAUCAACCGUCGCAUUCGUCCUCCAUUACCGGCUCAUCUUCCUCCAGAAGAUGAGAAAGUUGUUAACGCCCUUAUGUCGAGGAAAGGUGUCAUAGCCAAAUGUGCUAGAGAACAGGUCACAGAUCAAGACCUCUUGCGACUGAGACCAAACAAGUGGCUGAAUGAUGAGAUUAUCAACUUCUAUGGGCAACUCAUCAUGGAUCGCGCUGAGAGUCUGAAAGAAAAUACGCCCGUGAAUGGGCGGAAGAAGCCCCUUAAGGUCCAUUACUUCAACACUUUCUUCUGGUCAAAGCUUCAAGGAGAAGGGUACGACAAAGCUCGAUUAGCGAAGUGGACUAAGAAAAUCGACAUCUUCCAGAAGGACGUUGUUUUGAUACCAAUAAAUCAUGCUAACUCGCACUGGACUGCCGCUGCUAUCAAUUUUCGCAAAAAACGGAUAGAAUCGCACGAUAGCAUGGGAGCGCGACAUGAAAAGGUUUUCAAGUAUCUACGCAGUUAUCUUGACGCUGAGCAUCGGAAUAAGAAGAAAAAGCCGUUUGACUUCACGGGAUGGGAAGACUAUGUCAUGGAGGUUCGUGGGCAUUGUUGUUUCUACUUUACAAGUAUCAAACUGGUGGUUUAG